GCAAAAUAUCGAUAUCGAGUAUCGGGUUGCUGCGAUUUGAACCUCUGUGACUGUGUGAACUUUUGUAUUUUUAGAGUUAAGAACAGUGAAGAUGAGGGCAUUUCCAGCGGAUUGGAAAGUUAUUUGUGUAAUAGUUUGGUGUUUAAAUUUGACAGGCAGAGUUUUGGGACACGGAGUGAAUGAAAAUUUGGUAUUUAGGGUGCUGAAACCAAGCCACAUUGCUUAUGAUUUCACCAUCAGGCCUGCCAAGAACUUUGGAGGAAUAUUUAAUUUCUUCUACAAUGGAAUCCAACUGGUUGCUGCUGAUCCUAUAGAAGCGUGUGGAGAGAUCCAGAAUGCAGAGGAAACCAGAGGAGCGGUCGCUCUUGUAAAACGAGGGGAGUGCUCAUUUUUAUCCAAAAGUAUUGUCGCCGACAGAGCUGGUGCAUUGAUGCUGAUUAUCUUUGAUUCUGAUGAGAAAAAUGAUUACAGAUUCAUUGACAUGAUUGACGAUGAUACAAAACGGUCUACGAGUAUUCCUGUGGCUUUCAUGCAGGGAAGAGAUGGAAAUAUGCUUGAACAUUACCUCAUGGAACACAAGGGUCCCAUUGAGAUAGCCAUUCCAGUCAACACAACCGGCAUUCCAUACUCACACCUUCACAGGCCUCCGUGGACGCUCUGGUAACAAAACAGAUCCGAUUGCUUCCAAAAAUGGGCUUUCAAGUUUCAACCUCAGAGAUUCUUUAUGUAGAAAUUAUAUGUGAACUUUUUCUUAUCUAGUUGAAGUAUUGGAAGAUGGCUAUGUCUCUAUAAGAGCAGUUCACCAGAAUAGUGACCUUUGACCUUGUAACUCAUACAAAGUUGUGUGAAUAGAAGAAGAAAUUAUGCAAGAUGAAAUGCUUCCAAAUAUGUUCUGCUUUAAUUUUUAAUUUUCGUAGACUGCCCAUACAGGGUGAUAUCUGUUAAAUGUUUCAUUUCAUGUGGGUUGUUGCACUCUUUUUACUUGGCUCCUUAAGGUUGUGUCUCCAUCUUUAUUUUAUGGUGUCCUGUAAAGGCCAAUGUAACAGUUUUUAGUCAGACAUUGAAUAUGUUUGCAAAACAAAACAAAACAAAUUGAAAAUACCUUCAGAAAUCAUCUUAAAGACUAAAUAUCAGGCUUUCUUUGCAUAAUCCAUUUCACCAUCUGUAUCUCGAAAGGCAUCAAUAGCUAAUUCUGUAAUACAUGUAGAAGAGAUUGUAAAUAACAAAAAA